UCAGCCGGUGUUUUCAUUUAUUUACGCCCCUCCUGUCGUACACGGUGGUUUAGAUGCUUCAGAGAGAACAGGCUUUGAGUGAAGGAAGACCAUGACUUUGACCAGAGGAUCUUUUACUUAUGCCAGUGGAGAGGAGUACCACGGCGAGUGGAAAGAAGGUCGGCGACAUGGCCUAGGCCAGCUCAAGUUUCAGGAUGGAACAUGCUACACUGGCCAGUUUGAGAAUGGACUCUUUCACGGUUCGGGUGUGCUGCUUUUUACAGACGGAUCCCGGUACGAAGGAGAAUUUGCUCACGGAAAGUUUCAAGGUUCAGGAAUCUUUAGUCGAUUCGAUGGCAUGAAGUUUGAAGGAGAAUUCAAAGAUGGCCGUGUUGAGGGAUAUGGGCUAUUGACGUUCCCUGAUGGAACUCAUGGUGCUCCACGAAAUGAGGGCUUGUUUCAAAACCACAAGCUGCAGAAAAGGGAGAAGUGUCCUGGAGUGGUGCAGCGUGCUCAGGCCUCAGCCUCCAGCGCUCACAGCCUGGCGCUAUGACUGCCUCAGACCAUAAAGGUGUUAGGACUAAACUUUCAGCACCUUCCAGAUGGGCCUUAAGGGUGAACACUCUCUUUCACAACCUCUCUUUGUCUGGUUUUUACCAUUUCUUUGUCUGCUUGUCCACACUUAAAGUGACUUAAGGGAAAUGCAUUUGAACAUUUUUGGAUGACUUUCUAUGAAAUGAAGAACUUCGUGAAGCACACCUUCAAGUAAUGUAAGCAGGGAAAGCUGCUGUCUUUCAUAUUGACAUCAGACCAUAAAAUGUGUCUGUUUCUUUCUAUAGCCAAUCAUUUUGCUGCUGAUUAGAGAAAUUACUUUUUUAAAAUACUGUUUUUAUUAGAAUAGCUUAAAAUUUAGUAAAAGAAAAAAAAAGGAAAACUCAAGGCUGCGUGUUAAAAAAAAGAAUGUACAUAUUUAACUAUUCACAUUUGCCUUAAAGAUAUUUUCACACAAUCACAUGCUUGUUCAUAAAAUAAUCAGAUGAUGAACAACACCUUCUCCUCACAUUCUCACUGCAUGACUUUGCCUUGAGGUACCUAUCAGUUUAAGGAGUUGAAAGUCUGAUUAAGGAUGGUUUUAACUCUGUCAUUUGCAAGUCUUCUUCUUGAUGAUUAUUAUUAUUGGGAAAGAAGAUCACCAUGACUCCACAUUUGUACAACAUGUUAGAAUCAUUCAGUGGAGCUCAGAGGUUUACAUACGGUCAUCAUCAGCAUGAAUUCAGGGACGUAUGAUCGUCCAACAAACAAACAAUUUCAAUGAAUUUGAGAAACCAGAGUUGGAUAAAGAAUAUUGAAUUUAUUGUUGUGGGUUUUCUCUGCUGAAAACAGAAUAAAAAUAAUACACACAUUUACCCCAUUAAUAUUUACUCAGCUAUAUCCUAGUUUGUUAAAGGGGAAACAUAAAUAUAUAUAUAUUUUUUCAUCAGCAAACUCUUGGUGCAAUUCUGGCUGGAUGUUUGACUCCUUCUAUCAAACAUGGAAGAGUUUGUUUAAAUCAUGUGGUUUUCUGGCAACCACUCUGUACUCACAGUGUAUGGAUUUUUGUGAAACGUUUAACCUGCUUUAUUAGUUUCCAAAGCCAGUUUUGUUUUUUUAUUUGGAAUCAAAACAAAAAUGCAUAAAGCAGGUGAACAUUUAGCUUUUGAAUCAGUCCCUAUUUCAUAAUGACAAUUUGUAAGCUUUUCUGCAACUUGUUGAAGGACAAUUUUCCAAAUGUUAGUGGGAUUAUAUGUAUACUUUUAAUCCUGUAGAGAAAGUUUACAUUAAAUUCAAACUUGCCCAAGUUCUUGUUUUAAAAUUCAUUGUCGUCAUUUGUUGUAUCAUUGUAUUGUUGCAACUAGGUGUGUCAUGAUAACAAAUUUUGCUAGAUGAUAAAUUAUCCCAGAAGUUUUUACCAUAAACGAUAAUAUUGUUCUGAGACCAUUUACAAGAGAUAUAGUGAAAAUACCAUAAAAAUGCAAGAGCACAUUCUCAAAGAUCAACAAACUUUAAAUUUUAAUAAACACAGGAAUUCAAAGACAUUUUAAAUAUUGAAAAUAAAUAAACCAAGCAACAGAAACAACAAAUGAAAUUAUUUAUGAAGUCUCUCUAAAAAUGGGGCCUAUUUGAAACCAAUGCAGCAGGCUGAAGAUUUUUGUCAUCCAGUUUUUGGUAGAAAGUGAGAGAGAAAAGAGAAAACAAUAAGUCAUGCAAAUGGAAAUUAUUGAGUUUGUUUUAAUUUAUCUUGGGAUUAAUUGAUUGAUUGCUUAUUGUGACAAGCCUAGUUGCAACAUGGAAAAAGAGUGGCCCUACUGCAUCAUUAAAAGCCCAACAAUUAAUCUGAUGCACAUUCUGAUGGUGACUGAAUGUAACUUUCUCACCAGCACCUUGUGUUGAAUCUAUGGAUCUAGAUAAUUUAGGCAGCUAAAUGAAAAAAAAUGUAUGUACUUGUUUAUUAAUGUGUGUAAGGUGUAUAAAUAUCAAUUGUAUCUAACUGUAUCAAUUUUAAUUUUAAGCAGUCUGAAUUAGUGGAAAAUUGUGUUUUUAUCAUGUUUGAUAUUUUGACACAUAAUUUAUUACAGCUGAUCACAGCUAUUAUGUGUUCUGUAUACUUGAAUGUUUAACAGGCCUUACAACACAUCAGUAGACAUUAUUUAUUCUAGUGUUGCCUCCAAAACUUCAACCAAAAACAACCAUGUCAUAUAAGAAGUAUGAAAACCUGAAAUGGUCAGUAGUGCAAACAAACAGGCCUUAGAGUUGGAUAGUAAAGACAAAUCAAUGAGAAUUUCAACUGGAAUUUAAGUACAUAUGAACAAAAACUGACCCAUUGAUUAAACAAGGAAAUAUUUGGUUUCAGUUAUUUCUGAAGUCAGAUUAGAAAGUUUUACAUUUUCACUGCUACAUUCUGUGAAAAAAGAAUUGAUUGAUUCUCUUGAUUCUCAAGCUUGACAUUAUGUGAAGUUGUCAUAAUGUGUUAUGAGACUUAAAAGAGACUUAAAAACAGAUACUCUGACCUGUUUUGGUAUCAGUAACACUAUUUUGGUGCACAUUUAAAGUAUGCUGCAUGUGUAAAUGGAUUUGUUCCCUCCCCAACUGAUCUCACAAGAGUCAUGCUUCCAUUUCCAUCUGGAAACAAAUGGUGCUUUACAAAUGUGCCUGUCCACAAUUUGAUUUGCCUGGUAAAAUAAAAAUAUCUUGUUGCCAUGGUGUUACCUUUUUGAGGAUUGUUACCAUGUGGUCUUUAAAUAAAGCAUCCACUGAUUUCCUGGAAUUCGUCUGGUUAUGUAUCAUGGAGGCGUAUUUAAUAAAGGGUGUAUUGUAAAAAGAAA